CUACCUACGCGCAACAUGGCCACCCCUGAAGUAGAAACGCCGUCUUCGACCAGCCCGCCUACCCGCCCCGUCCGCGUCGGCCCCAUCCACAAACGCGAGCCCCACUCGCGCCUCUCGCUCUCGCUGGACACGCGCCUCAUGCUCAGCGGCGGCGUCGCCUUCACCAGCGGCCUUCUGAUGGGCGUCGCCCACGGCUCGCAGACGGCCGGCCUGCGCUACCGCGCCGAAAACGCCCACCGCCUGCCCACCGACGCCACCGGCUGGUACAUGUACCACAAGAGCAAGAACUACCACAUGAUGCUGGGCGGCCUGCGCGAGGGCCUGCGCAUGGGCGCGCGCCUCGGCGUGUGGGCCACGGGCUUCUUCGUGUGCGAGGAGGCUGUCGACCGCCUGCGCGGCGUCGCGAACCGCAGGGGCGACUUUGGCAGCACCGUCGUCGCGGGCCUGGGCACUGCCGGCGCAUGGAGUCUGUGGAAUCGAUUCCCUACCAUUACUGUUGCCCGCACCGCCAAGAUGGGCCUCGCCGUUGGUCUUGGCUUCGGUCUCCUGCAAGACGUGCUGAGCUUGCUGCAAGGCUACAAGCCGAGCUAUAUCCAAUGGGCGCAGAACGUGCCUACGCGCCUCGAGGAGCGGCGACAGCGUAAGAUACGCGAGGCGUUAAGGCGGCGCGAGCUGGAAGCCGAGAAAGACACGUGAGGAAUAGCAUGCGCCAUUGGCACAGGAUGUAGGGCGCAAGACAUUCCGCGCGGUGAGCGCGUGACAUAAGGGCUGAGAUAGUAGAGCUUGGGACCAAGUGCGGUGCUCUGGAGAGCUAGGCGCAAUAAUUGAAUGGGUCAUGGGGCGUUGGGCGUUCAGGUUCAUGUCGUCUUGGCGCAGACGCAGCCGAAUACCCAUUGGAUUGAUAGAUCAGAAGGCAUGGCAAAAGACGGAAGCAAACAGCCAUAUCAGCCGCAAGCGCGGAACAGAGAGUGCAGACACCGCGCAACGUAGUCCCUCCGGCAGGAAAGAGUAGAGCACCACCAGCGCCGAGCGUGGUGACAUUACUAAGCUGUAGAGACGGCACUGUAUAUAUAUAUAGCACAAGUAGACCUGCUACAGCCCCGUUCGCCACUCACCACCACUAAUCCAUUCUUCUC